CCGACCUCCGGUUCAAGGCCCGGCUCCCGCCGCAGUUCGCCAUGGAUGACGAUAUCGCUGCGCUCGUGGUCGACAACGGCUCCGGCAUGUGCAAAGCCGGCUUCGCAGGCGACGACGCUCCCCGGGCUGUCUUCCCCUCCAUCGUGGGGCGCCCCCGGCACCAGGGCGUGAUGGUGGGUAUGGGCCAGAAGGAUUCCUAUGUGGGUGACGAGGCCCAGAGCAAGAGAGGCAUCCUGACCCUCAAGUACCCCAUCGAGCACGGUAUCGUCACCAACUGGGACGACAUGGAGAAGAUCUGGCACCACACUUUCUACAAUGAGCUGCGUGUGGCCCCCGAGGAGCACCCCGUGCUGCUGACCGAGGCCCCCCUGAACCCCAAGGCCAACCGUGAGAAGAUGACCCAGAUUAUGUUCGAGACCUUCAACACCCCAGCCAUGUACGUGGCCAUCCAGGCUGUGCUGUCCCUGUACGCCUCUGGCCGUACCACUGGCAUCGUGAUGGACUCCGGGGACGGGGUCACCCACACUGUGCCCAUCUACGAGGGGUACGCCCUGCCCCACGCCAUCCUGCGU